GCGCCGUUGUUCAGAGCUGAGCGAGGAGAGAAGCGAAGUUGCUCUGCAGUCCAGUAUGUCGCCUUUGUGGGUAAUAGGACUAAAACACAGGCGACUGAGAGGUUUUCAGUGAUUUUUAAGGAUUGGGGUUUUGAACAGGCUUGUCGAAUUUUUGGAGACGAGUAAAAUCAUGUCUCGCUGCAUUUUUUGGCCUCCGCUGCUGUUUGUCUUUUCGACGUUUGUUCAAGCUCAAGUAGAAAACCAAGUGACCUUCUCUCCGGGAGCCUUCCAGAAUGUGAACAUCUCUCAGAAUGAGUCGGUCCAGGCCGUGGUGUCUAGGAUCCCUUCGGAGGUUAUCAUCAUCACUCUGCAGUUCCACUCGCAGCACCACAACGCCACACUCUCCUACACCAGGAUUCCAACCAUGGGUCUCUCCCUGACAGCAGCUGAUGCUGGGCUCUUGUCCACUCUAGAACCGGGGCAGACGUCCCUGUCCCUCUUCCUGUCGUCUCCUAACGGCGACGCCGUGGUCGGUGUCGGCGUCACCCUCAGCUAUGGAAGCAGAGACCCGGUCCCUGGAGCCUGUAACCUGGAGUUCAAUCUUGACGUGGACCCAAACAUCUACAUCGCCUACAACCUGUACGAGACCACCAUCCGGUUUGCUCCAGCUAAUUUAGGAUCUGAGAGAGGCCAGACUCCUCCAGCCUGCGACGAGUCCACUGGGAGUGACACCCGCUGGCGCCUGCAGUACGACAUCUAUCAGCACUUCCUGCCAGAGAACGACCUAUCAGAGCGCAGCCUAUUCAGCAGCUUCCAGGCGGUGGCUGAUGUCCGAGGCCUGAUGGCGAGCGGCAGACGGGUGGCGACGCUGAAGUCCACAGAUAAGACCAUGAUGGUGUUCAACUCCAUCCCAGGCCAGGGUGUCAUCUACUCCGUCAUCGUCAGAGACCCCGUGUUGAACACCUCCGCCUCCUACGUCCCUGUCCACACCUACGCUUGCAGCUUCACGUCCACUCUGGACGCCUGCCAGACUCUAGGAAGAAUAUCUACAAAGAUCUUCUUCACCAUCACUGGCUUGGCCGGUCUGUUGGUCUGCUUCUUUGGACACCGAUUCUUCAAAUCUGAGCUGUUCUGCAUGGGCUUCAGCUUCGUAUCCUUCUUCUUCUUCGUCCUCAUCACCAGGACCACACAGCUGGACUACGACAUCCGUCUGACCGUCUCAGCAGUCGUGGGCGUGAUGGGCGGAGUCCUCCUGGUGAUGAGCUGGUGGCGUUUUGGUUCAGUCAUGGCGUGUGUGGUCGUGAUCGGCCUGAUGCUCGGCUUCCUGGUCGCCUCCAUCGUCCUCUUCACCCCGCUGGGAGACCUGGAUGUGUUCAGGAACUCUGAUGUGGUUUUCUGGGUCACGUUCUGCUGCAUCAUGCUCGUCGUUCCUCUUUUCUUCGUGCGGUGGCCCAGAGAGGGGAACAUCACCACCUGCGGUAUCGUGGGAGCGUACGCCGUGGUCCUGGCCGUCAACGCCUACAUCUACACGAGCCUGUCCUACAUCACGCUGAACAUCCUGAAGCGUUUCCUCAACAACAGCUUCAGCGCCAUGUUCACCGAUGUGCCGUUUCAAACCAUCGACUACAUCAUGAUCGCCGUGUGGGCGGUGCUGGGCGUCUGCGGUAUCGUCCUUCAGCUCUACCGUGAGCGAUCCCGGCCGUUCUUCCCGCCCAGCCCGUACCUCAUGUGGCAGCAGGAGCGUGAGCGCCGCAAGACCAACGUCCUGGACCCGAGCCACCACGUCCCCUCGCUGUCCAGCCGUCUCCUGGAACAAGUGAGGCAGUUCACCAGGAGGAGGGAGCCAGCAGGAGAACACACACCGCUGCUCCUGUAAACCGACUUAGUGGCGUGGCGUGAAACCCGACACAUAACCACUUGUAUUAAACACAUAAAGGACAGUUAACAGGUGAACAGCUGGCCAUGUUUGAUCUCACCGUCUAAACGAUGUCAGUCCUGGUCAGGGUUCAGUCAUGGUUCUGUUUGCACUGAAAUCACAAACCACUGCCUUGUUUUAUCACAUUUAGAUUCUAACAGCGUUUUAAAGCCUCUGAAUAGAUUUUUUAAUGGUUUUGCCUUGACUCAGCGUUUCCACGGUGAUGUCUGUGAUGAUGAGAGUCUUUAAGCUUUCCUCAUCAGAUCCUCGUCCUUUAAACCUGCUACUGUUGUUUUUAGGGACUAAACUCCCACAGUCCUUUUUGUACUUUGCACACUGUUCCGUUACUGAUGAUCUGUUGAUGUUUCUCAGGGUUUCAGACUACUGAAGAGAGACGAGGAAAGAUUUUAAUGUCUGCUGGUGUUUUAUUCAGCCAAAGCGGAUCCUUCCGGUCUUGUGACUUAGAAUAAGAAAUUUUUAAAAAAUGAAGACAUGAGAAAUUUGAUGUUUUAUUUAAUAAAAUACAGAUGUGUUGUAAA